GGAAGAGAAGUGGCUCUACCUCUGCGUCAUAUUCAUACCAGUGCAAUUGCCCCCGCCAAACCACUGCUACCACUCUACCCCUCCCUUCCCUCUCCUUCUCAUCAUCCAAUUUGCAGACUGCUAAAGCCCCCCCCCCCCCCCCUCCCCUCCCUCCUGUUUGUGUCUUAUAACUGCAUCUGUUCAUCUGCCUCUCAUUCGCAGCACUGGCCAGGCUUGACUCAUUCCUAUCUGCGUAGCUGACCCAGGAAGAGGCGUGCAAAGUGGACGUGGGUGCCAAUAAGGAGACGAUACACAAUAGAGUUUGGCCCAUGCGAGCAGCGUGUGGACGGAGUGCAGCUGUUUCCAUCAUAGCAGAGCCCAACAUGUAAGAAGAUGUCUGUUGGAGGUUGUGCUUGUCCUGGCUGUUCGUCAAAGUCAUUCAAGCUGUACUCUCCUAAGGAGCCCCCUAACGGCGGCAGCUUCCCCCCCUUCCACCCGGGCGCUAUGCUGGACAGAGAUGUGGGGCCCACACCCAUGUACCCCCCUUCUUAUAUGGAGCCUGGAAUGGGGAGACCCACUCCGUACGGUAACCAGACAGACUACCGGAUAUAUGAGCUGAACAAAAGGCUACAGAACUGGACAGAGGAUUGUGACAAUCUUUGGUGGGACGCCUUCACUACAGAGUUUUUUGAGGAUGAUGCCAUGCUCACAGUCACAUUCUGUCUGGAAGAUGGACCUAAACGAUACACAAUCGGCAGGACCCUAAUCCCACGGUACUUCCGGAGUAUUUUUGAAGGGGGAGCUACAGAGCUAUUUUACGUUUUGAAACAUGCUAAAGAGUCCUUCCACAGUAACUUUGUGUCUCUGGACUGUGACCAGUGCACGAUGGUGACCCAGAACGGCAAACCUAUGUUCACACAGGUUUGUGUUGAGGGUCGCUUGUACCUAGAGUUCAUGUUUGAUGACAUGAUGAGAAUUAAGACGUGGCACUUCAGUAUCAGGCAACACAGAGAGGUCCUGCCCAGAAGCAUUUUGGCUAUGCAUGAUCCCCAGAUGCUCGAUCAGCUAGCUAAAAAUAUCACCAGAUGUGGGCUGUCUAAUUCAACACUCAACUACCUCCGUCUUUGUGUGAUAUUAGAGCCCAUGCAGGAGUUGAUGUCCAGACAUAAGACCUACAGUUUAAGCCCCAGAGACUGCCUGAAGACCUGUCUUUUCCAAAAGUGGCAGAGAAUGGUAGCACCUCCUGGUAACACAGCAGCUGAGCCAGCCAGACAAGCACCAAACAAGAGACGGAAAAGGAAGGUUUCUGGUGGAAGUAAUGUGAGUUCAGGUGGAGGCAGCAAUAACAACAGCAACAGCAAAAAGAAGAGUCCCGCAAACAGCUUUUCUCUCUCCAACCAGGACCUGGUUGGAACAAAAACCUGUACAGUGCCGGAGCUUGAGGACCGGAGUUGAGAACCACUUCGCUAAAUCUUAAACCUGCCCACGUACCACCACACACACAUGGUACACAGUGAGCCACAUGUACAGCAUAAAACAUGGUACGGGAGAGAGAAGUUACGCAGGAGCCUGGACCACAGCACCAGGCGCUACAGAAGUGUGUACUGUUUUCAUAUGUAUUGACUAGUUUUAAUUUUUGUUUUUUUAUUAUUAUUUUUGUAAACAAUUUCUAAAAAUAAACAGACAUGCAAGCAAAACAAAACACCCCAAAAUACUCUUUGCACUGUUUUCCACAUCUAUUUUUCUUAUGAGCGAACGGACAGUGUAUUUUUUGUUUUUCUAUUAGCUAGAAAAGAUCUGUAUCAUCUGCAGUAUAUUAUUGUAUAAGUAUUGCCGUUUGACUCAUUCUUAUUGUGAUGAUUACAAGUCUCCAUGUUAAGUCCAUGCUUGAAAUGUCAUCAUUGGUGUUGGACAUCCCGCUGUCAGCAGGGUCACAGAAGACGGGCUAGUGUUUUGUAGUGUACUGCAUCUCCAUACUGGUUUUCUUACCAAAUUACUAUGAUCACAACCGUUAUGUGUGUGGGGGGGGUCCUCACUCAAAAGAAAAUGUAUACCUUCUGAAAUUUGCUACAUGAAAUAUUUUAAAGAUACAUUUUGGACUGUAAAAUAUAAAAAAAUAAAACAGACUUUUGUAUUAACUUAAGUUUCCCAAAAAAGUUUUUAAGCAUAACUACAAAAAGCUGCAGACCAAGGAGCAAAAUUAAAAAAAAAAAAAAAAAAAAGUUUAGAUAUUGAGUACACUGGGCUGUCAGUUUGGCAGCUUUUCUUCAUCUUAGUGUCUGUGCUUGUAUAUUUUUAGGUAGUAAUUUCUAUAAACAUUCUAUGUAUUCCACCCUAGAACUAUGGAAAACUCAAUCUAAUGUAAAAAAGCCUCAUUAUUUUUAUUAUUAUUAUUUUUACCAUUCAAUGUUUCUAAUUGUACAAUCACUGAAACAGAUUCCCCCUGAUGUUAGCAAACUGUAUUUAUUUUUCUAUGUUUUUGAAGUUCUGUUGACCCAUCUGUACAAUACUCAUUAUAUGGAGAAGUUUUGGGGAUGUUUAGACGUCAUUCAUGAAAAAUGUGUUUUUGUUAAAGCGGCUUCAGUCGUUCUGGCUGUGUAAUUAUCUUGGAUCAUCCUGUUUAAAAUUAAGAUUGACAGCCAUUUGCUGCUGUUUUAGGUUUAUGGUCUAUCUGAAAACAUAUCAGAUGCACUAUAAUCAAAUAAAAAAAAAAUCCUGCAA